CAGAACCGAGGAUUACUGGCAAAAAGCGCCCCUUGUGUAGGAAAUAUCGCACCACGCAUCCGAGCAGCAGAACGGCAAAGCAGCAGUUAUGGGUCGAGGCCGGUCCCGGUGAAUCCGCAGCCGCCGCCAUAACCAGAAUUUCCGUCCCCAGCAACCAUUGCGAAGAGCUUCUGCCUUGUGCCCUCUUGCAUCAUGACUUCCCCAGGACCUAAACCCCGUCGACGCCGUGCCCACAAGAGGUCCCGCAAUGGUUGCCUGAUGUGCAAGGAGAAGCACAUGCGUUGUGAUGAGAGGAAGCCGCUGUGCUCUUUAUGCUUGGUCAAAGGCUUCACUUGCGAAUAUGGCACCAAGAAUGACCAGAACGCCUGUGGCGCACAGGUAUUCACACUGGUGCAGGACUCACUUCCCAAGCAUCAUUUCGUCGGCUACCCGGUCCCCAUGAACGACAGCUCUCGAUUCUUAUUCCAUAUAGCGACCCGAUGUGGCGGUCCACAGGCCAACGCUCCUCAUGACUUCAUCCUCAAGAGAGCCGUCUCGCAACCUGCGCUGCUACAUGGAGCCCUGCUAUUAUCGUCUGUGCUCUGGACCUGGAACACAGGGCCGUUUGCCAUGAUCGAGAGGCCUUUCAUCCACCACAAGCUCAGCACAAUCCAGUUCGUGAACCAGCAGCUGCAGAAUCACCGCACGAGAACAGACUCGAGGACCGUCCUCGCGAUAGUCUGUCUUGUCCUGGCAGAGAGUGGCCUCGGGUCCCGCGAGAUCGCAGGCGCGCACCUGCGAGGCCUUGCCAAGCUCAUGCAGGUCAGGGACGGGCCGAGGGCCCGAAAAGAAAGGAAUGCCCUGCAGAGCGUUAUACAGAUGAUGAGAACCAACACAAUUUCGGUAGACGGCCUCCACAGCAUGAUCGGGUCUGUCGACGUCGGGAACUCGUUGGGUUUGUGCGCGUUCACGCUCAUGCUGAAGCAAGCACGGAGGGUCCUGCAGAAACAGGGAAACCCUGCCCUCGGUCGACUCAACAUCGGUACUGUCCUGACUGCUGGGCGCGAGGGUGGUGUCCUCCCCAACAACAUGGCCCCCCUGGGAGGAGUUCUGGGAGGGCUGGGUUUCCUGGACGACGGCGGGCAGUCACCCACUUCUGCCAUACCGGAUAAGCCGUCUCCUCUCUCUUCGCUUCCAAGCAACGUAGAAAGCCGAGGGCGAUGGAUCACGUGCUUCAUCGCCAUCUUCGCAACCCUGGGCCCCGAGGACACGGAUGUGUUCAUGCUAAGCUGGUUCGUCGAGGGUCUCUUGAGGAACCUGAGGCAGAAACAGGACGGCCUCUUCAACGGCAGCUACCCGCUGCCGAUGUUCCUCGCCGCUGCCGUCUUCGCGUCCGCGGCCGCCAAGACCGUGCAGGUCCCCGCCGACAUGCUCGGCACGGGGUGGGCGAGGGAGGCCCAGGCGCAGAUAGACCUGUGGAGAGCAGAGGCCGCGCAGAAGCUGCAGAUGAUCAGCGGGAUCCUGGGCAUCACUGAGUGGACGAGCUUCAGGAGGUUCCUCCACACGUGGAAGUGGGACGAGAACCCGCGGGAAGAGAGCGUCGUGCGGGAGCUCUGGGAGGAGUACGGUGUCGUUCAUGCUCAGCCGGCUGCAGUAGUACAACGAGGCUCUCCACAGCAGCAGCAGCAGCAACACGCGCGCGCGCAUGACCCGGGCGCCAUGUUAUGUGCAUCCGGCCUCGCGGCAGAUCUCUGCGAUACCGUCACUGCUGCUGGUGGUGGUGGUGGAGCAGGAGGUGCUGUCGUCAGCAGUGCUGUUCCAUGGCCUAUGCAGCAACCCCCCUACGGAAAGAUGCUCCAAGACCACCACGAGCCACAACUCCAGGACAUAACGAACCAAGCUAACCCCCCGGUCUGGCUCGAGGUAUUCCUCGCCGCCAUGGAGGCCGCCACCGAGAACGCCACUCCGUUGGCCAAGCAGUCUGCCAUGGCGGCGUGAUUAUGGCCGGGGUGGGUUGCCCUAGAUCGCGGCGGAUAGGCAGCAGGACCAGCUGUGCUGGCUCCAGGGCCAUGGAAAACGAGCCCUUUCGAAUGGAGAAUUCCUACUUUUGGGGGGUUCUAGCAGACCACUGAGCGUUUCUCAUCACGGUGGUAGAUGGCAUAAUUCCCAACAGCGUUUCACAAGACGAGAAGCAAGCUCCGAGGAACAUCAAGACAAGU